AUGUCCCACCCAAACACAAACCACAGUCUUCGCGCACAGCCUCCCCCCUCUCACCCGCCUGCCAUCCACAACGGCGGUCCGCAACUCCCCCCCCCUGCUCGCUCACGCAUCCCCCACCCAUCGUACGCCCGGUCGUACAUCCCCAGAAUAUCAUUCCUCGACACCCAUCACAACCAUCACAUAGCGUUCAUCCAAGACAGCGGUCCACAGCUUGCGCCUCUACUCGCUCCACCACCUCGUUACCCUCGGUCCGGUCGUGCAGCCGGGAUGGACCAUUCCCCGGCCGACGUUCUACACGAUCAGCGUUACAGCCCGGCAGGCGCUCCCUCAAACCUCUAUGGCAGUAGCGAUCAGGACGAAGAAGGCGCCAACGCUGUUUCCGAACUUGUGGGUAUGUUGGCCGAACUGCACACCCAGAACGCAACUGCGCAGGCCAUGCAGAUCGAGAUUCUUUCUGGUGUUAACAGACUUGGGAUCCUUUCCAUCCUCAACGAGAAAAUGGAGGAAAUCAGCAGGAUCCAGCUACGAAUCGAGGCUCAAAACCAGACCAUUAUUGUGCAGAAUGACAAGAUCCGCAAGCACGAGCUCGCCAAUGUCAUCCCUCCCUUCCGUCGGUCACCCAAGCAACAUCGUUUCUGCACCCCUUUGCCUGCCUGA